AUGUCGUCGCACGAACAACCGGAUUACAAUGCCCUCCUUCACAGGAUGCGGCAACAGAUCCUAGAGCUCACAGCUCAAAUCGGCGAACUGCAAAACAAUCCAGCAGCGUCAGUUGAAAGGAAGUUCAACAAAAAGGUCGAGAUUGUCGCUGACCCCGGCAGUUUCGACGGAGACAGAGCAAGAUUCGCCGAGUGGUGGAUCAAGCUCCAAAUAUGGGUGAAGGCUAAUUACAAGGCCUUUGAAGACGAUUUCGAGUUAUCGACAGCAGUAUUGUCGAGACUCAAGGGACCUGUGGCGGGUCGAUACGCCCAAGUUAGAUUACAAGAGUGCUACCAGUCGGGCAACUGGCCAGCAUGGGACAAUCUCAAAGCGGAGAUCGAAAAAUACUUCAAGCCGCAGGCAGAACGCGACUGGGCGCGUCAGCAAAUCCGGUCCUUCACUCAGGGAAACAUGAGGACGGACGAUUUCGUUACCGGGUUCCUGGCUCUCUCUAUCCAAGGAGGGCUUGGGAACGAACACGCAGUAGAGUUGCUGGAGCGAAACGUAGCUCCAGCAAUUGCCCAGCAACUCUACUUGCAAGGAGCUCAGGAGCUCUAUCAGAUGCAAUUUGGUGGCAGGUCCACCAACACAAACAACCAACCCCAGAGGCGCCCUGGGUUACCAAACCAAAAACAAAACCAUUCUAACGGGUUUAGGCCUUAUGGGCUGCAGCCAGGUAGAGGAGCUCCAAUGGAGAUCGGCGCGGUCCAAGGAGGACAGAUGCGCAGAUUUAAGGGCUCUUGCUACAGCUGUGGCAAAGAAGGGCAUAUGUCCCGAGACUGCAGAGCGCAGGCCGCUCAAAACACAAACACCCAAGGGUGCCAGGCGCGCCAAUUAGAAAUAGAAAAACCAGACGAUCGGCUCAAUUCGUUGACCGGUCGUUCAUAUGAUGAAAUUUGGGCCUUCUUCUAUGAUCAGCAGGCGGCUGAGAUGAAGACUCAGGGAAAAGCGUAA